UUAUCUCUCACAUUUCUACUCUCAUCAUCCGAAAAACACACAGAAAUCUUCAUUCAAUUUCAAGUCCCAGUAUGACAAUGCUCAUGAAAAGAAGCAGAGAGUACGCCGGCGUCGAGGCAGAGGCCAUGGCGAAUUGCCUAAUGCUUCUGGCGCACGUUGGCCGGAAUUCUUCUUCUUCUCCGCCAUCGGCGUCGAAGGAUCUCUGUUCUUUCCAGUGUAAGACGUGCGACAAGAAGUUCCCGUCGUUCCAGGCGUUGGGUGGCCACCGGGCGAGCCACAAGAAGCCGAAGCUGGUGGCUCCGGCGCCCGGAGAGCAAGAGAGUUCGCCGGAGAAGUCCAAGAUGCACCGCUGCUCCAUAUGCGGGCUUGAGUUUGCCAUGGGGCAGGCGUUGGGUGGGCACAUGAGGAGACACCGGGCGGCCAUGAUGAAGGAAGGGUUUGAGAAUCCGCCGGCGGCGAUUCCGAUGGCGAUGGCGAUUCCGGUGUUGAAGAGGACGACUAGUAGCAAGAGAAUUUUUGGGUUUGGAUUAAAUUUGGAUCUCAACCUGACGCCGGCUGAGAAUGAUGAUUUGAAGAUAGAGUCGACCACGCCAGCAACUCCGGUCUUACGUUGCUUCAUUUGAAUUUGGUCAAUUCUUUUUUUGUUUAUUCUUUUGAUUCUUGGGAUUACAGUAGACAUUCUUUGAUUCCUUCAAAUAUGUGUAGACAUACAUUCCUCCUAAUCUUAUAUUUUAUUUUUUGUUUUAUUUUUACUAACUAUUUGACAUAAAUUAAAUUUCGAAGUUUGAUUU